UGGGAAGUGAGGGGGGGGGGAGGGUGAGGAGAGUGGGUGGAGUUGUUUGUAUAUAAAUGCAGUCUGGCUUUCCAUGGUAUCAUUUCGACGUUCCCUGGCGACUCGUCUAGACCUGUGAAACACCUCAACAAGAUGUCGGAAGAUUACAAAGUGGAGCCAGUGACAGGCACAAUUGGUUUCGGUGAGGGGCCUCACUGGUCAGUGGAGGACCAGGCACUCUACUUUGUGGACUUCUUCGAGCAGCUGGUGAGGCGGUACCAUCCAGAGACCGAUACUCACACCAAGCUUCAUAUAGAAGGCGGCCCCGUGACGAUGGUGGUGCCUCACAAGACUGGACCGGCUCAUACCUUCGUCGUCAGUGUUGGUUUGAGCCUGGUGGCUGUGACCUGGCCCGACCCCACCCAGGACCUGUCCGUCACCGCCGACGACCUCCGCCUCCUGGCCACCGUCGAGCAGGACCUCCCGGACAACCGCUUCAACGAUGGCAAGUGCGACACCCUCGGCAGGCUCUUUGCGGGAACCAUGAGCACAGCAGAGGAUCCUGACCACAUGGGCAACCUCUACCGCCUCGACACCGACCGAACCAUCACCAAGGUCGUCGAGAAGCAGGUGACCCUCAGCAACGGGCUGGCAUGGACCGAGGACAACUCAACAAUGUACUACAACGACACGCUCGAGUACAAGGUCAACGCCUUCGACUUCGAUCUUUCCACCGGAGCGCUGAGCGGUCGUCGUGUUGUGUUCGAUUUCCAAGAGGCAGGACUCAGCCCGGCUCAGCCUGAUGGCAUGACCAUUGACACGGACGGCAACAUCUGGGUCCCCGGCUACGGCGUGGGCACGGUGUUCAACAUAGACCCAAGUAACGGAGAUAUCUUGAGGGUAGUGAACAUACCAAGCCUUGACACUACCUCAGUUUCCUGGGGAGGACCCGACCUCGACCAGCUCUUCGUCACCUGUGGGAAUGCUCCUGUCUACAGAGUUACAGGUCUCGGAGUGAAGGGAUUCCCUGCCAACGCUUGCACCGUAGACCUGCCUACAGGGCCUCGCAAGAAGCAGUAGAGCGAUGGCAACCUUUUUGCCACCAUUUACAAGAUGAGCUGAGGUAACAACAUUCUUCGUCGCCAUCUUUACGGUGUUGCUCCGCACGAACACUACACAUUGCAACCCUCACCGUCGACAUAUAUCAGUCAACCUUCAGAAUGCUUCAGUAUCCUUCAGAAAACUUCAAUAUCCUUCAGAAAGCUUCAAUAUCCUUCAGAAAACUUCAGUAUCCUUCAAAAAGCUUCAAUAUCCUUCGGAAAACUUCAGUAUCCUUCAGAAAGCUUCAAUAUCCUUCAGAGAGCUUCUGUAUCUUUCAGAAUGCUUCAGUAUCCUUCAGAAAGCUUCAGUAUCCUUCAGAAUGCUUCAGUAUCCUUCAGAAUGCUUCAAUAUCCUUCAGAAUAUAUAAUAUAAUAUAAUAUAAUAUAAUA